AUGGCAGACCGCCUCCCACCAGUCAAGCGCGAGGACCUCACCUCAACCGAACAACCCUCCUUCGACAGUCUCGCCUCCCUCGCAGGCAACCUCUUCGGCUCCCCGGAGAGUAGCCCCUUCAUCUACAAACGCCCCGACGGCGCCUUCGUCGGGCCCUUCCCGCUCUUCCUCGCGGCCCCCGAAGCCGGCGAGCACACCAUGGCGCAUUUCGGCAAACUCGCCACGAUCCCGGGACUCCCUGCGGAUGCAAAGGAAGUCGCUAUCCUGACUGUUGGGGCGCAUUACCAAGCUGCGUACGAGUUGUAUGCGCAUACUAAUGUUGCGAUCAAGAAAGUUGGGAUGGAGAGGGGGCUGGUGGAGGCUGUGGCGAGGGGCGAGAAGCCGGAGGGGAUGAAUGAGGGGUGUGAGGUUGCUUUUGAGACGGCGAGGUAUUUGGUUGCGAAGCCGGGGCCGUUGCCGGGGGAGAUGUGGGAGAGAGGAGGGUUGAUGGAUUCGAGACGAGGCUCAGAGGAACGAGAAUUCUUCCAUGUCAUCAAGAUUCUUCUCCAAUGA